UGAGAUUGGGGUUCGUUAUCAUUUUCCAAAUGUAGCGUUACAAAUGUUCAGCGACCUCCCUGUUGAAUUACUGCAAUGUAUUUUUAUGUUACUCUCUCCUUGUACUGAUUUACUCACAGUACUCAAUGUCUGCAGACGGUGGAGAGAGGUUGGUCAGAGCGUCUUCAAGCUGCGUGAAAGUCUUAGUCUAUCUGCAUUUAAAAUGCAGAGGCCAUUGCAAUGGGUAUCUCCACAGCUAGCUUCCUGUACAGAACGUUUCAAACACACAUCUCCAUCCAAGAGGUUUGGAGCAACCAUCAUAUUGAAAGAGCAGUUACUGUAUGUUUUUGGUGGUGCUACGAAGGAACUAACAGCUUUUAAUGAUUUAUGGACCUAUGAUUUAUCCACCUUCAGCUGGCAGCGUCUGAUUGGUAAAGGUGAGCUACCAACACCAAGAGCACAUGCUAAAGGUGGUUUUAUUGGAAAUCUACUUUAUCUGUACGGAGGUUGUCAAAGCUUUCAUAGAGCGGGAUCGGAACAUACGGGCCGUAUGGAUUGGUUAACUGAGUUGAAUAGUUUUGAUAUUUCGACAAUGCAUUGGUCACGUAUGCCGUUAUACGAAGUAAACCACUUAAGUCCUGUAUCACCACCUGCAAUUGCCGGUCAGUCUGGAUGCUUUCUCCCUAAAGGUGGAAUAGGCGAACCUAGUGUAUUGGUUUUAUUCGGAGGAAUGUGUCAAUCUCUUGGAUUGUGUGUUAACUACUUAUUUGUGAUAUCGCCGGAAAAUGGUUGUUGGAUUUCACUUUCUGAUAAAACGGAUAAUUGUCAAGGUGACUGGCCAUCUGGGCGCUGUGGUCAUUCAACUUGCGCUCUUGAUUCAAAUAGAAUGCUUUUGUUAUUUGGGAAUUUGGAAUCACCUUUGGCCACUGAUCAUUCUGUGCGUCGACAACAAGGAAUGUCAUUUAAUCCUACUUCGAGUAAUGAUUCUGAAUCAACUUCUAGUACACUUAACUAUCAUGGUCGACCGGCGAGAGAUGUAUGGAUACUUACACGUUGUUCACCAAGUAUUGGUCAAGAAUGGUUUGAAGUCGAUUGGUUCUGGACCAAAGUUCAAUGUUCUGAGGGUAUCCCUGGAUGCCCACCGAUAGACUUUUAUCAUGCAACCGCAGUUUCACUUCCAUAUCGUGAAGACAGUAAGUCACUGUUGUUGACAAAGGACAGUAAUUUUAUUUCUGUACCGAGUGACAACGUUGGUACAAACAACUCAAUUGUACACAAUGUCUAUACUGUUGUUGUCAUCAGUCAACCUACCACAGCAUUGCUAGAUGAGGCAGCUAAACAGCGCAGAUAUUGGCAUCGCAUGAAACUCAACUCCGAGUUAAACAGUGUAACUUUUCAAAAUAAUUCGGUAGGUCAAGAUUCUCGUACGUCAGAUGAUGAUGUCAAUGACGAGGAUGAGGAGCAGCGUAAACAUUGUCAUUCAGCUGAUAUCACUGGUAUGAGUAUUUUGGCUUUGAACUGCUUCAUAUAUAUGAAUCACCAAGUAGACUUUUUAUUUUAUUUUUAUCUUGGUAGGCAUGUUGUAAAAAUACGAAUAUCUGCCACUAUAAAAUUAAGUUUAUAGCUACUAUCUCUUACACUCCCAGCAAACUGUAUGGUCCGAGAUUGCAAUAUUGGAUUUGAUGUAAGGUGAACUGGAUCAUAUAUAAAAUGAGUAUUCAUCCUAGUGUUAUCGUUCAACUCCCUACUAGUUUAGUUUAGGAUGUUUUAUAAUUUCGUCGCUCACUGUGGCCACAGUAACCAUGAAGAGUGUUUUUUGCAACAAACGGACUUAUAAAGAACUGAUUUUAAUAUGCGCGUUUCUUUAUUGUUAAAAUAAUUGACAGAAUACUGAUCGAUAGAUGAUACGCAAUAGUACUAUAUAGCUGACUGAUAGCUGCUCACCUGAUCGAAUUAUCUACGUAAACUAAUAUCACAAGACAAAACUAUUGCCCAGAAGAAUAGUUUUUUUUCUAGUUAGAUGAUAUGUUGGUAUACAAAAUAAUGGACAUACAAAAAUAUGACUGAAUUUCGUUGAACACGUUAGUGGUUGAAGAACUCGAGUUUUGUGGAUCAUUCUGCCGCUAGUGAGAUGAAGAUUGGAUUAUGAGGGUUAAUUCUUUUCCGUCGUGUAAUGUUCACACAAAUACUUAGAGUAUCAGUUUCUGAAAUAAAUCUAAGCUUUAUACAGUUUAUUUUAGUACCUAUGAUAGAACUGAUCUAUCCGCUCACUUAGACAUCUACACUUUUCACGAAGAUUACCGAGUGAAUUUAGUACGUAUGGCUUAUUACUUGCAAAAUUUUCAUCAAAAUUGUGGUUAGCGAUACUACGUAGAGUGAUAAUCGAGACUAAGGAAUGGUUUCGUCCUGUUCAAAUAUUCUACCAUAAAUAAAAGUAUAUGCUUACGCUAAAUAGAUAGCUUUUAUUUUAUUGAAAUAAUGGAGGUUUGUCACUCGUAUGCAUACUUUUACUUAUUUGGAUAAAGUAAAAACAAAGACCACUACAAAUUAAUAUGAAUUCACUUAUUUCUACCACGAUCUUCGUUCUUACCUUAUUCAAAUUGAUAAACAGAAAAAGACUAUGUUACUUCGGGUUGUGUGGGCUGAAUGUUUUUUAGUUCUGUUCUAUAAGUUACUCUAAUUAUGCAUUCAAUAUAAUGAAUUUGUGUCGUACUCGUAACUAUUACACUUUCUAAAUAUCUUCAAUAGUAGUGUUCCUGCCAUUCAAAGUAAUGUAUAUAAUUUUCUUUAGAUAGGAAUAACUCGUAGCUAAUAUAACGAAUCACAUUGUUCGGUUGUAUUUUUUUUAUGAUUAUUAAAAAUAUAUUACUCAACUGUUUGUUUUAUCACUUUCAUUAGCAUUUGAAACAACUAGACCUAUAUUCUCAUAACAGUUUAUAAUUUAAUAUUUCUUCCAUAGAUCGUGAAUCGACUGGGAUUUUGCAACUUCCGUCAUCUAGGCGUGCAAAUAACAGACGUGCACGAAGACUUGAAGCUUUAGCUAUUCAAGAACGAAGGCUGUUUGGAACACGUAACCUGAUCCCUAAUGAAGUUAAUACAUCAUCACUUGCUCGAUCAUUUUCAUCAAAUCAAAGUUCAUCCAAUCAUAACCAGUAUCCUUCUAACCACGUAAAACUUGAAUGUGCUUAUCGUCCCUUGGCUCUGUAUACACUCAACAUUAUAUGCUCUCAUUCUGAUGCAUCAUAUAGUUCUGAAACUAAAAUUCACUUCACAGAAAAUAAAGCUAAAGGUGUUUGGUUGGCGCCUGUCAAACAAAAUUAUCUAGAUCUUUAUUCCGCACCACCUGAAUGCUUAGGUUUUUCAUGUGCUUUUGGUCAUGGCUGUUUAUUUCUUUUUGGUGGUUUGACUGACUCAGAUGAUAUUAGACCAAAUGAAAAUGUGAAUACAUUUCACCCAUUAGUUAAUGGAUCGCAAAAUCGUAAUGAUAAUGAUCUAUAUCAACGACACAAUAAUUCAUCAACCUUACAAUCGUCCAGGUCUUCAGUAUUAAAUGAAUCUCUUACACAAGGACAUCUUGUUUCUUGUGUAAAUCAUUCACCAGAUGCAAUUUAUCCCAGUCCUUUAGGUACCGCUCAGUUUUUCGUUCUUCGUGCACGUGCACUCGCUGGCACUAUAAUUUAAUUUGGCCAUUGUUUAUUUCGAUUGAUCCAGGCUAUUUGCAUGUAAACAUGUGGUAUAUAUAUAUAGGGUCCACUAACCAAUUAUAUAGUUAUUUUUUUGUGUUUAAAUUAUUCCAGCUUUAUGUAUUGUAGUAAAAUGAGUUACUUAGUUUUCUAAAUGUGUAUUGGCUCAUAAAAUGUACAUAAACUAUUCAGUGGUUGUAAAUAUAUUGCUAUUCUUUACAUAAAACUACGUUGUAUUUAACAUGCACAUGCACAAACUUCUCAUCAACUAAGAAUUAUUACAUCAAUUACACUUUGGUUCUACUGUGGUCUACUUUUCAUUCAGAUUUUAUUUUCUACCAAAAGUUGUAAAUUUUAACUAGCCAUAGUUGUUUUCUUUUUCUUGAUACCCAUUGUUUUGCUGCUCUGGAAAUCUCAAGCUUCUAUUGAUAUCAAUGAAUACUGUUAAUGUAGUAUAAUAAACCGAAGAUUCUCUUAGUGAUAUUUCAUGUACUACCGUAAAAUAUAAGUUUACAAAGUGUUC